CGAGGCACUAGAGAAAGUUUCUCUUCCUCUUCUGCCAUGAGUUCCACUAGACCUGGCACGGUUACUCGUCCUAGAGGAGGACAGAAGCUUCCAGGAGGAAGACUUCAGCGUGGAUUUUACUCAGAAGUGACCAAUGUGGCCGCAGGGAGUCAUCUACAGGGACUCCAUCAUGGACCCAAGCCCCAGCUGCCAAACAUAGUGACAGUGUCACAAAUGGACCAGCAUUUGCCUAGUGUGACAAAGUUCAAGACACCAGAUAAUUUCAGUACAUUACUCUCUUCACAAGAUUAUGGACCAACCACUCAACUGAUUAGUGAUGAUGAGUUUUCACAGAAAGCCUGGGACCCAAAGGUACAGGUACCCUAUAAAGUAGAGAGUGGAAAAACUCCACGGAGGGUCGAAAUCGAAAGGCGUAAACGUAUUUUCUCUCGGCAAGACAUUGGUAAAUUACUAGAAGAGAAAGGGAUCACUUCGGCUGAUCUAAUGCCAGUAGCUGAUACCACCUCUCAUUCGCUGAUCAAUAACAACACCACUAAUAGCAAUGGAGUCAAAACACCUUCACCAACCUUUCCCUCUUUCCUACCACUGGAGGUGUUUGAUGAUACCGAGUUUGAUUGUAGGACACCAGAAGAAUGGCUAGCAUUAGGGUCUGAGAAUGGUACAAUGAAACCAGUUCCUGCUAAAGCUCUUAUCCCAGUCUUGGAGCCUUUCCCUCACAGGACAGUAACUCCUCCCACUGGCCCGCCUCCUUCUCAUCGACCUACAAGACGAUACAAAAGUCCAAUAGGUGGUCGUAACUUGCCCCCUGUUUCUCCUAUGGGUGACUCCGCCCCUCUUGGACCUCGCUAUGAGUGGACAGACGUUGGUAUGCUUGAUUAUCGGAGCGACUCUAAACUGUAUUUAGUGAAGAGGGUUCACUUACCGAAGGACUACACCCUCCCCCCUCCUCCUCCUCUUCCCUCGUCCAGUGACGGGAGUAGCAGUGAGGAAAGUGAUGAAGCACCUCCUACUUCUGGAUCUGGCAUUAUUCAAUAUUGGGUCCCUCGUAUCAGACUAAUGUUUUCGGCAGAAGACCCCCUGGUGUUUGCCGAGAGAGUUUCAAGUGCGUACAAGUUGCGUCAAGAGACUGAGGCUCUUUUAAGAUAUCAUCUUUACAUUGAUUGCAUGCCCUUCAAUGAAUACAGUGGCUCCAUUGAUACAGACUCACUCAACAAGAUGACUACUCUUGCUCGUUCCAGUGAUGCACUGCUAAAACCAAGUCUUGAUUCUCAUGCUGAUUCACUCUCGGAGGAGAUUGGUCUUGACUUCACGAGAGCUAUGAACAAGAUACUCUUUGAUAAGAUAGUCACUGGUAAUCCUGUCACCUUCCCUUUUGUAACACUCCCAGAAACUGAAGUUACACAAGUACCUGAUAAAGGGAAGCAUACAGAUGUGCCUCCUUUUCCAUUUGAGAAGGUUCGUCAGAAGUUUCAGUUCCAGUCCCUACUCACGGUCCCCGAGGUCAUUUCAUCGCUUGAGAAUGUGACGGUGGAGUGUGAUAAGGUGACAAUGAUGGAGCUCUUUCACACUGGAACUGGUAAACCUUUGAAAAUUGAGGAGUUUGAUCAGGCACAGGGUCAAGCAACAAUGCAAGUUCAGACCUAUCUGAAGGAGACAUGGGUCCCCACACUCCGUAGCUCCAUACAUCAGUGCCUGGUUGAUAUAUCCAAGGGAUGGUUCAACCUUGAAGAGUCCAACUGGGAGGUAUAUCAAGGCUCUAAGCUCAAGAAACUGAUGGAACUUACUAAGUUUGCAAUGCAGGAUGCAUUGAGGUCACUAGUUCUCAACUCUCUCUCUGAUUUUGUUCAAAUGGCAGAAGACGCUUGUCACUCAACUAACGACCUCACUGAUGACUUUGAGUGGGGAGACGACCUUACUAGCAGCUCAUACAAACCCAAGUAUGGCCCAUUGUUUUAUUUGGAGCUGGUGCUGGAUGAAGCUGGUUCACAUUAUUCGUGUCCUUUGGAGGAUUUUGAGUCAAUGCUUGUAACAGUAUUUGAUAGAGGAAUACAAAGCACACAGAGUGUACCUCAACUGGAGAAAUUCAUUGUUGAUAGACUCUUUUGGCCGGUGACUCCAUUGCUAGAGUCUGUGGGUGCUCACGAGCCUCAGGUUGACAAGAAGAGGGACAGGAUGUGUACCGCCAUUAGAAAGGCAGCCAUACCACUGAAGGCAUACGCCCUCAAGUUUAUACCUCACCUCAGCUUAUUGAACAAAGAUAUCAAAGCUUAUAUACAGGAGUUCAGUGAAGGUGAGUACACGAGUCUUCAGAUUAAGCAGUUCAUUGAUGAGCACUUGAGACUAAAGGCUCACAUUGAGGCCACCUUUCCCCAGUACAUUAUCAUUGGCCCGUUCUACAUCAACGUUGACACUGUACGGACUGGACUAGCCAAGAAACACAAGGACAUCUCUCAGGCUCUUCUCGACUUCCUAGCAAAGAAACUACGUCAAGAUGCUGACAUGAUAUGCGAAGAGUUUAGCCAGAUAAGUCGUAGGUUGUUUGAAAAACCAAACACAAUCGAAGAACUAACGGAAACAAGAGAAUACAUAAAGACAAUACCAGAGCAAGUGAUAGAGCAUCAGAAGCUCAUUGAUCAAAACAUGUCCGACUACAAUAUGCUAGAAGAAUACUAUUACGCACUCACUGAUGAGGACUUUGAUGCAAAGUGGAGUGCUGUUAGUGGCCCUAAGAAAGUGUAUGAUCAAAUUGAGAACACUGAGCAACAGCUGGAACAAAAUGAGAAGAAGUUUCAAAAGAACCUUCAAAAUGAUCAGGCUAGCUUUGAAGAUCGUUUGGACUCACUGGAGAUGGCAGUCGCAGGGUUUUCAGGUAACACUGAUCUAUCUCGUGCUCAGGAGAUUUCUAAUGAAGUCCGUCGUAUUGUGAAGAACCUCAAAGAGUGCCAGACCUUAGCACAGCUCUACAACCAAAGGGAGAGACUAUUUGGACAACCAGUCACACAAUAUGAGAAGAUUGGUCGAUUGUUGAAAGACUUUGAGCCGUACAAGAACCUUUGGCUGACAGCUGCUGAUUGGAGCAGGUGGCAGGAGAGCUGGAUGAAUGACUCACUGGCUAACAUUGACCCUGAACUGAUGGCUAAUAAUGUACAGAAUGCUUUCAAAACCAUGCAUAAAGCAGUGAAGCAUUUCAAAGAUAUCCCUGGUUGUUUGAAUGUAGCUCAAGAGGUUAAGCAACAGAUUGAGGAGUUCCGUCCGUACAUACCGUUGAUCCAAGGACUGAGGAACCCAGGAAUGAGGAACAGGCACUGGGAACAACUCUCCAACGGGCUGGGGAUGCAGAUAUUUCCAAAGUCGAACCUCACAUUCUCAAAGUGUCUUGAGAUGGGACUACAGAAUCACAUAGAGGCCAUCAGUAAAGUUGCUGAAGUAGCUGGAAAGGAAUUCUCAAUUGAACAGGCAUUGGAUAAAAUGGAGUCAGAAUGGGAGAAUGUCCUAAUGGAGAUAUCAGCCUACAAGGAGACUGGUACGUACAUCAUGAAGAGCGGGGAGGAGAGUGCACAGCAGCUGGAUGACCAUAUCGUAAUGACACAGGCAAUGUCUUUCUCGCCUUACAAGAAACCAUUUGAGCAAAGGAUUGUCACGUGGGAGAAUAAACUGAGAACUACACAAGAUGUGUUGGAAGAAUGGGCUCUGUGUCAGAGGUCUUGGCUCUAUUUGGAGCCGAUAUUCUCAUCUGAUGACAUCAACCGCCAGCUACCAGUGGAAGGGAAGAGAUACCAAACGAUGGACAGACUCUGGAGGAAAAUCAUGAACAAUGCAAAGCAAGACCCAAAGGUGAUAUCUUUCUGUCCUGAUAAUCAUUUGCUUGACAACUUGAGAGAAUGCAACAAACUCUUGGACCAGGUACAGAAAGGACUCAGCGAGUACUUGGAAACAAAGAGACUCUCAUUCCCUCGGUUUUACUUUCUGUCUGAUGAUGAGUUGUUGGAAAUUCUCUCACAGACAAAGGAUCCAACAGCAGUUCAGCCUCACUUGAGAAAAUGCUUUGAAAACAUUGCAAAACUCAAGUUUGAAGAGGAUCUAGCCAUCACAGAGAUGUAUUCAGGAGAGGGUGAGAUGGUUCCAUUCUGCAAUGUCCUCUAUCCUAAAGGCAAUGUUGAGGACUGGCUGCUAGAGGUAGAGAAACUGAUGAGACUGUCAUUGAAAGAAAUAAUAAGAGACUCACUGGAGGACUAUCACAAACUCCCUCGUACUGAGUGGGUACUCAAGUGGCCUGGGCAGGUUGUCAUUGCUGAUUGUCAGACCGUGUGGACGACUGAAGUAUCAGAAGCACUAGAGAAAGGAGUCCUGCCUGAGCUCUACCAAGACAUGCUUAAACAAUUGUCUGAUCUUGUUGGUUUGGUGAGGGGUAAACUCAGUAAAUUGGGUCGCAUGAUACUCUCAGCAUUGAUUGUCAUUGAGGUCCAUGCACGAGAUGUGGUGAGCAACAUGGUGGACGAAAAUGUAACUGAUGUCAAUGAUUUUGAAUGGAUCAGUCAACUGAGAUACUAUUGGAAUGAUGAUUUGUUCAUUAGAGCAGUUAAUGCAGAGUUUCUGUAUGGCUAUGAGUACUUGGGUAAUACAGGUCGUUUGGUCAUUACUCCUUUAACUGAUAGGUGCUAUUUGACAUUAACUGGUGCCCUUCAUCUCAAGUUUGGUGGAGCCCCUGCCGGCCCUGCUGGUACCGGGAAAACAGAGACAGUAAAGGAUUUAGCAAAAGCAAUGGCGAUACAGUGCGUUGUAUUCAAUUGCUCUGACCAGCUGGACUUCAUGGCUAUGGGCAAGUUCUUCAAAGGUCUAGCCAGCUCUGGUGCUUGGGCUUGCUUUGAUGAAUUCAAUCGUAUCGACAUUGAAGUGUUAUCCGUUGUAGCACAACAGAUCACGACGAUACAGAUAGCACAGCAAGAGCGGCUGGAGAGAUUCAUGUUUGAAGGAAUGGAGAUAUCACUCAAGGCCUCCUGUGCUGUCUUUGUCACUAUGAAUCCUGGCUAUGCUGGCCGUACUGAACUACCUGAUAAUCUAAAGGCUUUGUUCCGUCCAGUGGCUAUGAUGGUGCCAGACUAUGCAAUGAUUGCCGAGAUAAUGUUGUUCUCUUUUGGAUUCUCGGAUGCCAAGACACUAGCCAAGAAGAUUGUGACUACUUUCAAGCUAUCAUCUGAACAAUUGAGUUCACAAGAUCAUUAUGAUUUUGGUAUGCGUGCUGUAAAGACUGUGAUAUCGGCUGCAGGAAACUUAAAAAGAGAAAACCCAACCAUGGAUGAGGAACUCAUUGUUCUAAGAGCCAUAAGGGAUGUAAAUGUGCCAAAGUUUCUCCAAGAUGAUCUCAAACUCUUCAAUGGGAUCGUCUCUGACUUGUUUCCAAAGAUACGUGACACUCCAAUUGAUUACGGCGACCUUGACACGAGCAUAAGGACUAGCAUUGCUAACAAAGGAUUGGAAGAUGUAGAAGGGUUUGUUAAAAAGUGUAUCCAGUUGUACGAGACUACAGUCGUUAGGCACGGGCUUAUGUUGGUGGGGCCUACCAUAUCUGGAAAGACAAGAUGUUAUGAAGUGCUGCAGGAAGCUCUUACUGCACUAAAGGGUAAGUUCACUCCUGGGGGCACACCAUACGAGAUAGUACAUGCUUAUGUACUCAAUCCAAAGUCAAUCACUAUGGGUCAACUGUAUGGAGAGUUUGAUGCACUAACUCAUGAAUGGACUGAUGGUAUAUUGGCUGCACUCGUACGUCAAGGCGUGGGUAGUGGAACAUCGGACAAGAAAUGGUACGUAUUUGAUGGACCAGUGGACGCCGUGUGGAUAGAAAACAUGAACACUGUCCUAGACGAUAAUAAGAAACUCUGUCUGAGCUCUGGGGAAAUUAUAAAACUAACGGAGGCCAUGACAAUGAUGUUUGAAGUCCAGGAUCUUGCUGUAGCUAGUCCAGCGACUGUGAGUAGGUGUGGCAUGGUGUACCUGGAGCCGAGUAUAUUAGGACUGAGACCUUUCAUCAAGUGCUGGCUGAGGGAUCUUCCUGAAGCCAUUGUACCGCAUAAGGAUACACUGGAGUCCCUGUUUAACAGGUUCUUAGAGCCAAGUAUAAAGUUCAUAAGAUCUAAUGCUAAAGAAAUAGUGACUUCAGUGGAUGGGAACUUAACAUUCUCUAUCACAAAGAUACUUGACUGCUUCUUUAAGCCAUUCAUACCUAAAGAAGGCGAGACUACUCCCAAAGAGAAGCUUGCUGCUAUUCCUAAGCUGCUAGAGCCAUGGUUCUUAUUCUCUCUUGUUUGGAGUAUCGGAGGAACUUGCGAUGGACCCUCAAGACAGAAAUUCUCCACCUACUUGAGAGAGAAGUGCGAAAAGGAGAACAUUAGCCUUCCUUUUCCAGCGGACAGCUCAGUGUAUGAUUAUGUACUUGAUGAUGGAGGGGCCAGUAAAACACAAACUGAUGAAGAUGAGGAGGAAGACAAGAAAAGCAAAAAGAGGUCAAUAUCAUGGCGGAGCUGGAUGGAUGAUAGAGAUGAGUACAUCCUUGAUGUUAACAUGCAGUAUUCAGAUAUCAUUGUACCAACUGUUGAUACAGUUAGAGCCUCAUACCUCAUUGAGCUUCUACUAACUAAUGAGAAACAGAUAUUGUGUGUCGGUCCUACUGGCACUGGCAAGACACUGACUGUUGUGGAUAAGCUCCUCAAGACUAUGCCUAGUAACUACCUCUGUCACAUCAUCUCCUUCUCUGCACAAACCUCAGCCAAUCAAACUCAAGAUAUUAUAGAUUCUAAACUUGACAAGAGGCGUAAAGGUGUCUUUGGUCCUCCUCUUGGAAAGAAGUUUGUCUUCUUCAUUGAUGAUCUAAACAUGCCACAACUGGAGGUGUAUGGGGCCCAGCCUCCAAUUGAACUGAUCAGACAAUGGAUGGACCACAAGGGAUGGUAUGACAGAAAAGCAAUUGGUUCAUUCAGAAAGCUUGUCGAUAUCAAUUUUGUGUGUGCAAUGGGACCCCCUGGAGGGGGUCGUAACCCCCUGACCCCAAGACUCAGUCGACACUGCAACUACCUCUCCUUCACUGAACUGGAAGAGAACUCUCAGUUUGGGAUAUUCUCCGUCAUCUUGAAGUCAUGGAUGUCGUCUUUUGAAGACUCUGCUAAUCUCGUCCCACUCAUUGUAAAGUCUACCAUCAGUGUCUACAAUACAAUCACUACUGAGUUACUGCCUACUCCGGCUAAGUCACAUUACACUUUUAACUUGAGGGAUCUCUCAAAAGUUUUCCAAGGGAUACUAAUGGCACCAAUGCACACGAUAAAGGGUGUGCCUAGUUUACUGAAGUUAUGGUACCACGAGUGUUGUAGGGUAUUUCAGGAUCGUCUUGUUAACAAUGAGGACAGGACUUGGUUUGAGACCAUGGUUAGAUCAAAGAUGUCUGACUUCAGCGUCGAUCCUAAAGAAGUGCUCAGCAACGACACCAUAUUGUACGGGGACUUUAUGAACCCUAACGCCGACCCUAAAAUAUAUGAGGAAAUUAACGAUGUUUCAAAAGCCACUCGUAUUAUGGAAGAGUUUCUUGACGAUUACAAUCAGGUGAACACGGCUCAGAUGAAACUGGUUCUGUUUCUUGACGCAAUCAAACACGUCACUAGAAUAUCACGUAUCAUACGUCAGCCUUUGGGUAACGCCCUCUUACUCGGAGUGGGGGGGAGUGGCCGCCAGAGUCUAACCAGACUCUCUGCUCACAUGGCGGAGUAUGAGUGUUUCCAGAUUGAGUUAUCCAAGAACUAUGGCAUUGCUGAAUGGAGGGAAGACAUUAAGAACUGUAUGAAGAAGGCUGGCCUUGAGAAUAUACCAGUUGUAUUCCUUUUCAGUGACACUCAAAUCAAAAGUGAAUCAUUUCUUGAAGAUAUCAACAAUAUUCUUAACUCCGGUGACGUUCCUAACAUAUAUCCAUUUGAGGAUCUUGAUGCUAUAUAUUACGGGAUGAAACCAGUUGUCCUUGAUGCUGGUUUGCAACCAACAAAGACUAACCUCUUCUCUGCCUACACCAAGAGAGUCAGGAACAACAUACACAUUGUUAUAUGCAUGAGUCCUAUUGGUGAGGUAUUCAGGUCAAGGCUAAGACAGUUCCCUUCAUUAGUGAAUUGUUGUACUAUCGACUGGUUUAGUGAAUGGCCUGAUGAGGCUCUUCAUUCAGUCGCUAAAAACUUUUUAAAUGAAAUAACGGAGAUUGAGGACCCUGCAAUCAUCGAUGGUUUGGUUAAAUCUUGUGUUGCCAUUCAUCAGUCUGUGGCUAAGAAAUCUAUACAAUUCCUGGCUGAGCUUUCCCGUCACAAUUAUGUGACACCAACGAGUUACCUUGAACUGUUGGGUACAUUCAGUAAACUGUUGAGAAUGAAAAUAAAUGAAGUUAGUUCACAAAGGAAUAGGACAAAAACUGGACUGGAUAAGCUCCUGAGUACAUCUGAAGAGGUCCAGAAGCUUCAGUUAGAGUUGGAAGAGAUGCAGCCAUUGCUGGAGCAGGCACAGAUAGAAACUGACGAGACAAUGGAACAGAUUCAAAAGGACACGGUAGUGGCUGAAGAGACAAAGACAGUCGUACAAAAGGAAGAGAAGGAAGCCAACAUGAAGGCCGAAGAAACUCAAGCUAUUGCUGAUGAUGCUCAGAGAGACCUUGAUGAAGCACUACCAGCUCUUGAUGCUGCUCUUGCCAGUUUAAAGUCACUCAAUAAGAACGACGUUGUAGAAGUGCGUGCAUUACAGCGACCGCCACACGGAGUGAGGCUUGUCAUCGAAGCAGUUUGUAUCAUGAAAGAAGUGAAGCCUAAGAAGGUAGCCGGGGAGAAGAUGGGUACUAAAGUUGACGACUAUUGGGACCCUGGUAAGAGCCUGUUACAAGAUCCUACGAAAUUCUUAGAAGGUCUUUUCAAAUAUGACAAGGACAAUAUACCUGAUUCUGUUAUUCAUCUAAUACAACCUUACAUUGAUAAUGAUGACUUUACGCCACAAGCUAUAUCAAAAGUAUCAAAGGCUUGCACAUCAAUAUGUCAGUGGGUGAGAGCCAUGCACAAGUAUCACUUUGUAGCUAAAGGAGUUGCUCCCAAAAGAGCUAGACUGGCUGAAGCUAAGGCGUCACUAGAAGAGACCGUAAGUAUAUUGAAUGAAGCAAAGAACAGACUGAGAGAAGUGGAGGAAGGUAUUGCGUCACUUCAAGCAAAAUACCAAGAAACUACAGCAAAGAAGGAGGAACUGGCAGAGAAAUGUUCACUUUGUACAGCAAGACUGUCUAGAGCUGAAAAGUUAAUUGGAGGACUGGCAGAUGAGAAGGUGAGAUGGGCGGAGUCUGUUGCCGCUGACGACGAGCUACUAAAGAACAUUGUCGGGGAUGUGAUGAUAUCAUCAGGUUGUGUCGCAUAUCUGGGAGCAUUUACUGGUGAAUACAGGAGUGAUCUUAUUGAUGUCUGGAUGCAAGACUUGGUGUCAAAUUCAGUGCCACACAGCACAUCACCAACACUAGUUGCUACACUGGGUGACCCUGUUAAAAUAAGGAACUGGCAAAUUGCUGGAUUGCCUCGUGACACACUCUCAGUUGAGAAUGGUGUUAUAACCCAGUACUCCCGUCGCUGGCCAUUGUACAUUGAUCCACAGGGACAAGCUAAUAAAUGGAUCAAGAACUUGGAGAAACAGAACAAUCUUGAUGUCCUAAAGCUCACCAAUAAGGAUUUCUUGAGAAGUUUAGAGAAUGCAGUGAGGUUUGGUAAGCCAUGCUUACUGGAGAAUGUUGGAGAAGAGCUUGAUCCAGCAUUAGAGCCUAUACUAUUGCAACAGACAUUCAAGCAAGCUGGUAGUACUGUCAUUAAACUAGGUGAUUCUAUCAUACCCUAUCAUGAUGACUUCAAGCUGUACAUCACUACCAAACUGCCCAACCCUCACUACACUCCUGAAGUAUCAACCAAAGUGACUCUAGUGAACUUCACACUAUCACCUGGUGGUUUGGAGGAUCAGUUGCUUGGUAUUGUUGUAGCUGAAGAGAGACCUGAUCUAGAAGAGGCUAAGAAUGCACUCAUUGUAUCUAAUGCUAAGAUGAAGCAAGAGCUUAAAGAAAUUGAGGACAAGAUCCUCUUUAGAUUGUCAAACUCUGAAGGUAAUCCUGUUGAUGAUGUUGAUUUGAUAAAGAUCCUGGAGGCAUCAAAGAUCAAGUCUGGAGAGAUCAAAGCUAAAGUAGCCGACGCUGAACAAACGGAGAAAGAGAUUGAUCUGACACGUAGUCAGUACAUACCAGUGGCUGUUAGGACACAAUUACUCUUCUUCUGUACCACUGAUUUGGCUAAUAUUGAUCCCAUGUACCAGUAUUCACUGGAAUGGUUUAUUGGUAUAUUCUUAGGCAGUAUUGCUAAUGCUGAGACAUCAGAUGAUUUGCCCGAGCGUAUUGUUCACAUUAAUGACUACUUCACCUUCAGUUUAUACUGCAAUGUCUGUCGGUCACUAUUUGAGAAGCACAAGCUAUUGUUUGCCUUCCUCCUCACUGUCCGUAUAUUAAUGAAUGACAACAAAAUUGACAUGAAUGAAUGGAGACACCUCAUAGCUGGUGGUACUAGUAUCCCCAAUAGGAUACCCAACCCCUCCCCCGAGUGGCUCUCCGAGAGAGCCUGGGCCGAAGUACUCACUCUUCCUGCUCUACCAAAGUUCUCAAGUUUCGCCGACGAGUUUGGAGAGCACUCUGAAGGUUUUAAAAGAAUAUUCGACAGUCCAAACCCACACAAGGAGCCAUUGCCAGGUCAUUGGGACACUGAUCUUAACUCGUUUCAGAAGUUACUAUCUCUAAGGUGCAUAAGAGCAGAUAAGAUUACCAACGCAGUACAAGACUAUGUGGCUGAGAUGAUCGGUCAAAGGUUCAUUGAGCCACAAACUGCCGACCUCAGGCUCGCCUAUAAAGACUCCUCCCCUAGCUCCGCUCUCAUCUUCAUUCUUUCCCAAGGUACUGACCCUGCUGCUGACCUAUACAAGUUUGCUGAAGAGAUGAAGUUCCAGCGUAAACUGAGCGCCAUUUCCCUCGGGCAGGGACAGGGACCUCGUGCUGAAGCUAUGAUGAGAAGCGCUAUGGAUAGAGGACAAUGGGUCUUCUUUCAGAAUUGUCAUCUCUCUCCUUCUUGGAUGCCUUCUCUUGAGAGACUUAUAGAACAAAUUGAUCCACAAGCCGUACACAGGGACUUUCGUUUGUGGUUGACGAGCAUGCCGAGUCCAAAGUUCCCAGUAUCAAUAUUGCAGAAUGGAAGCAAAAUGACAGUAGAGCCUCCUCGGGGCAUAAAAGCUAACCUUCUCAAAUCAUAUACCAGCUUUAAUGAGGAGCUCCUUGAUGGAAAUAAAAAGGCAAUAGAGUUCAAGCAUCUCUUAUUCUCCCUCUGUCUCUUUCAUGGUGUUACACUCGAGAGACGUAAGUUUGGUGCUCUUGGUUUCAACAUACCCUAUGAAUUCACUGAUGGAGACCUGAGGAUAUGCAUCAGUCAACUGAACAUGUUCCUUAACGAAUACACUGAAAUACCUUUCAAGGUACUGAAGUAUACUGCCGGUCACAUUAAUUAUGGCGGUCGUGUUACUGAUGAUUGGGACAGGCGCUGCAUCAUGAACAUACUCAAUGACUUCUAUUCACCAGAUGUACUCACUGAUGGCCACUCAUUCUCAAUCUCUGGCAUUUAUCAUCAGAUUGAAUCCGGCUCUAAACAAGAGGCUUAUAUGAAUUAUAUACGUGGCCUACCAAUCAAUGAUACUCCGGAGAUAUUUGGAUUACAUGACAAUGCAAACAUCACUUAUGCACAGAAUGAGACCUUCAGCAUGAUGGCAUCAAUCCUACUACUCCAACCAAAGAGUUCCUCUGCUGGUGGAUCAUCAAGAGAAGAGGUUGUUGAGGAAAGUGCUAAGAAUAUAUUGGAAAGUGUUCCUGAUCCGAUUAAACUUGAGCCAGUAAUGGAGAAGUAUCCAGUCAAAUAUGAGGAGUCAAUGAACACUGUCCUAAUACAAGAGGUGAUACGCUACAAUAACCUACUUGUUGUUAUAAAGCGAACGCUGAGGGAUCUCCUCAAAGCACUGAAAGGUUUAGUAGUGAUGAGCGAGGCGCUGGAGAAAAUGUUCAACUCACUUUAUAAUAACACAGUACCUCAACUCUGGGCUAAUAAAGCUUAUCCUUCUUUAAAGCCACUCUCAUCUUGGGUUACUGAUCUAGUGAAGCGAAUUGAGUUCAUUACUGGCUGGAUUGAUAAUGGAAUACCACCAGCAUUUUGGAUUUCUGGAUUCUUCUUCCCACAAGCUUUCUUAACCGGCACACUUCAAAACUAUGCCAGGAAGGCCAUCAUCUCCAUAGACAUAAUAUCCUUUGACUUUAAAAUAGUAAAGGAAGACGUGAGCGAGUUAAAAGAAAGACCGGCUAAUGGCUGCUAUAUAUAUGGGUUAUUCCUUGAGGGAUCUUGCUGGGACGCUGAUCAAUUUGAGCUAGCCGAGUCUCGUCCUAAAGAACUCUACACUGACAUGCCAGUCAUGUGGUUGAUACCAACUGCUAACAGGAAGCAACCAGACAGUGGGAUAUACAUAUGUCCAGUGUAUAAAACACUAACAAGAGCAGGUACUUUGUCUACUACUGGUCACUCGACUAACUAUGUAGUGUCAGUGGAGGUCCCAUCCACUAAACCACAGUUCUAUUGGAUAAAACGAGGAGUUGCACUCUUAUGUGCUCUGAACUACUAG